ACACAAAGAGUAUGCAGCAGAAUUUGGGUCUCCCAGGAGUCCCACUAGACUCCAAAUUCCCCAACCUCCAGCGUUCAUACCAAAAUUCCACAGAAUCUUCCAUAUUUUGAUUCUCAUGUAUACAGAAUCUUAAUUCUUCUCAAUCCUCUUUUUUAAUUCAAUAAUAAUAAUUGUUUUUUUUUUUCUUUUUGUUUCUCGGUGGCCAUGGCGCUGAGAUCCGACGAUAGAAAAUUGUCUUUCGAGGUUCUGAGCCAAAGCAUGUCUUUCGAAGAAGACGAAUCCUUAUUCUUCUACCGCUCAAACUCAGAUCCAAUCCAAAACGGCGUCGUCGUCCAAUCCAAGCCCAAGCCCAAUCCCAAUCGCAAGAAACGGAAACACAGGCGAAAGAAACCGAUCCACUCCGAGUCCUCCAUUCGCGAAGAUCCGAUCGCCGAAGCAACACUCGAUCCCGAUACGAGCCGCACCAAUGGAUUGGAAUCGAACUGCACGCACAGUUACAGCGUCGAGAGCAGUAGCGUGUGUACGGUGGUCACGGAGCCGGAUUUCCAGAAUGUGCGCGGCGAGGGGUUCAAUUUGGGGGAGCUGCGGCAGAGGAGCGUCAGUAUCAGCGGCGCCAGUGACGACGCGGCGUCGCGGGUUGGGGGAGACAAUGAGAAGGUGAAGGAGAAGGAGAGAGAGAAGGAGGAGGAGGAGGAGGAGGAGAGCGGCGUAGAAGUGAGCUCCGCCGUGAAACAACGGGCCGAGCCGAACGGGAGUGUCGGUUCCAAGAAGUUAGAGACCGAGAAGUCAUUGGAUUGGAAGCGGCUAAUGGCGGAUGAUCCCAAUUUGUCGUUUACGGUGGACAAGUCACCAUUGAAGUACUUCAUGGAAGAAAUGUACAAUGGCAAUGCGCUACGGAACACGACGACUAUUGGUAAUGAGGUAGAGCGCGAGAGAGUUUACGAUACUAUCUUCCGCCUGCCUUGGAGAUGUGAAUUGCUUAUAGAUGUUGGCUUCUUUGUCUGCCUCGAUUCAUUUCUAUCCCUAUUAACUAUCAUGCCAACAAGGAUUGUAAUGACCUUAUGGAGGCUCCUACGCACAAGGCAGUUCAAGACGUGGUCUGCAGCAGAACUGUCUGAUUUUGGCUGUUUUCUUAUAAUUGCCUGUGGAGUCACUCUUUUGCAGCGAACAGAUAUCAGCUUAAUAUAUCACAUGAUUCGUGGUCAAGGAACAAUCAAAUUAUAUGUGGUGUACAAUGUUUUAGAGAUAUUUGAUAGACUAUGCCAAAAUUUUAAUGGGGAUGUGUUGCAAACUUUAUUUAAUUCGACGGAAGGACUAGCUAGUUGUCCACCUGAAAACCGGAGAUUAUGGGUGUGGAGAUUCAUUUUUGAUGAAGCUUUAGCCAUGGGUGCUUCAAUUGUUCAUUCUUUCAUAUUGCUAGCUCAGGCAAUUACUUUAUCUACAGUUAUCGUUGCUCACAAUAAUGCCUUGCUUGCUUUAUUGGUGUCCAAUAACUUUGCCGAGAUAAAAAGUAAUGUGUUUAAGCGUUUUAGCAAGGAUAACAUUCACGGUCUGGUAUACUUUGAUUCAGUAGAGAGAUUUCACAUUUCGGCAUUCAUGUUAUUCGUUUUGGCUCAAAAUAUUUUGGAGGCUGAGGGUCCCUGGUUUGAAAGUUUUGUUUCUAACGCACUCAUGGUUUUCAUCUGUGAAAUGGCUAUUGAUAUCAUAAAACAUUCAUUCAUUGCCAAAUUCAAUGACAUAAAGCCUACUGUAUAUUCUGAGUUCCUUGAAGACCUAUGCAAGCAGACUUUGAAUACGCAAACUGAGAGUGCAAAGAAAAAUCUCACAUUUGUACCUCUGGCACCAGCUUGUGUGGUUAUCCGGGUGCUGACUCCGGUCUAUGCUGCUCAUCUUCCAUAUAAUCCCCUCCCAUGGAGGCUCUUCUGGAUUUUGUUCUUGUGUGCUAUGACCUAUGUCAUGCUCACAAGCCUCAAGGUGAUGAUUGGCAUGGGCCUUCAAAAGCAUGCUACUUGGUAUGUGAAUAGGUGCAGAAAGAGAAAACACCAUCUCCACUAUGAUUAGUUUAAAAUUAGGGAAAAGCAAUUUUGUAAUAUUGGGAUUAAGUAACAUACUUAGCUUCCAUACCUCAACAAAUAAUAUAUUGGGAGACUCUUGGACCAGCUGAAUGCUCAAACACUAGGAGAGCUAAUAGCUGAGCAGCCGUAGAAGUUUCUAUGGUAGAGUUCACGAGGUACUAGCCUCAGAUUUUGUUGCAAAGAAGGGCUGCUUGCCGAUUCUGGAAUGGAACUGUUUAUAUACAGGUACAAAGCCUGCAAUUUUGCGUAAUGAAUGACAUAGGUGCUCUCCCUUAAUGUCUCUGGCUCAAAUGUUGUAGCGAGAUUCAUUCAUUUUGGGUCAUUCAAAUAUAGGUUUACAAUUUUUCUUUUACUA